AGCAAGAGAGGGACAAUUGUUUAAGUCGACCUCUGGGACCGGAACCGCGGGUAAAGAUGGCGGCGGCCAGGUGUUGGAGGCCUAUGCUCCGCCGUCCGAGCCUUUCAUUGCACACCGCGGCUGAUGCCGCCGCCACGGCUACAGAAACGACCUGCCAAGAUGUCGCAGCGACCCCCGUCGCGCGGUACCCGCCGAUUGUGGCCUCCAUGACAGCCGACAGCGAGGCGGCACGGCUGCGGCGAAUCGAACGCUGGCAGGCGACGGUGCACGCUGCGGAGUCGGUAGACGAGAAGCUGCGAAUUCUCACCAAGAUGCAGUUUAUGAAGUACAUGGUUUACCCGCAGACCUUCGCGCUGAACGCUGACCGCUGGUACCAGUACUUCACCAAGACCGUGUUCCUGUCGGGUCUGCCGCCGCCCCCCGCGGAGCCCGAGCCCGAACCCGAACCCGCGCUGGACCUCGCGGCGCUGCGUGCCGUCGCCUGCGACUGCCUGCUGCAGGAGCACUUUUACCUGGGGCGUAAACGGCGCGUGCACCGUUACCAGGAGAGCGAGGUCAUAUCUUUGCCUUUCCUGGAUCAGCUGGUGGCAACCCUCGUGGGCCUCCUCAGCCCACACAACCCGGCCCUGGCCGCCGCCGCCCUCGAUUAUAGACGCCCAGUUCAUUUUUACUGGGUGCGUGGUGAAGAAAUUAUUCCUCGUGGUCAUCGAAAAGGUCGAAUUGAUAACUUGCGAUACCAGAUAGAUGAUAAACCAAACAACCAGAUUCGACUAUCCAAGCAACUCGCAGAGUUUGUGCCAUUGGAUUAUUCUGUUCCUAUAGAAAUCCCCACUAUAAAAUGUAAACCAGACAAACUUCCAUUAUUCAAACGGCAGUAUGAAAACCGUAUAUUUGUUGGCUCAAAAACUGCAGAUCCUUGCUGUUACGGUCACACCCAGUUUCAUCUGUUACCUGACAAAUUAAGAAGGGAAAGACUUUUGAGACAAAACUGUGCUGAUCAGAUAGAAGUUGUUUUUAGAGCUAAUGGUGUUGCAAGCCUUUUUGCUUGGACUGGAGCACAAGCUAUGUAUCAAGGAUUCUGGAGUGAAGCAGAUGUUACUCGACCUUUUGUCUCCCAGGCUGUGAUCACAGAUGGAAAAUACUUUUCCUUUUUCUGCUACCAGCUAAAUACUUUGGCACUGACUACACAAGCUGAUCAAAAUAACCCUCGUAAAAAUAUAUGUUGGGGUACACAAAGUAAGCCUCUUUAUGAAACAAUUGAGGAUAAUGAUGUGAAAGGUUUUAAUGAUGAUGUUCUACUUCAGAUAGUUCACUUUCUACUGAAUAGACCAAAAGAAGAAAAAGCACAGCUGUUGGAAAACUGAAAAAACAUACUUGAUUGAGAACUUUGGGAAUAUUUAAAUUUUACUGAAGGAACAGUAAUGAGAUUUGUAACUGUCAACUAUUAAAUACAUUGAUUUUUGAGAUAAA